GUUUACUAGUGCUGUAGGGAACACAAGCCUUUUCACAUGUUCGUCCUGUCAGAUGAAGAUGCACUGCUUAACUGAAUAAAGACAAAAUGCAAAGGAAUGCCAAUGUAUCUAAACGUGGACUUUGCUUAUUUCUCUUUGCCUAAGCCAGCCAGAUGAACACACACAAAACAGCCAACAAGGCCAAGAUAAGGCAUCUGUGCUCCUGCCUUGUCCUGUGCUUGCACUUGGCCUCUGGUGCUGUACCUGGUCCAUGUGAACAUUCUAUGACUGAGGAACAUCUCCUGACUUUAAGAAAACUGAUUAUAAACCAAGUCCAAAAUGGCUGCUCGAUAACCUAUAGUUUCACUGAACGCCAAAACCUGAGCGAAGUCUGUUACAUUAAAGCCGCAUUCCCUCAUAUUCUGGACCUUUUGAAUACAUACUUCACAUAUGAAAAGGGUUCUGAUAACUAUCGCUACACAAGCUCAAUAAAGGACUUGAUCUACAACAUAUAUUCCCAGAAAUGCAUUCCUCCUAUCAAUGAAGAGCUUGAGGAAAGUCCAGUGAAGUUUGCAAGACUGUACAUGUCUUUGCCCAGGGAGGGUCUACAAAAAACAGAGGAGGUAUUUCAGAUGUACAAAAGGCUGAUAAGUAAGAAUGAUAAACCUGUAGACUGGAACUGUGAGGAUGAGUAUGCAAAUACCUUUCCAGAAUUGACCACUGCACUUGACACCCAAAUGACAGGUACCCCAGAUUGCCAGUGCUCUUGCCCUCACCCUUUGAAGACAUAUUUGUUCACCAGAUCAACUCCAACUGCAUCACCUACAUCUCCCCAGACCCAAUCAGGAACACUGGACCCUGUAGUCAAAAAUAAAGCACGAAACUCAACUCAGAAUCAGAUUUCUACAAUUUCACCAGAUCCUGAGCCUUUCUCUGGGCUCUACACCAAACCUGAACCCUUUCUAGAACAGCGUUCUGUACCAACUCCUGGGGAAUCUACAAGUUUCAUAACUUCUGCCACUCCAGAUUUCACGGAUAGCAGCAGUGUUUCUUCUGUAGUGGUGGGGAAUGAGCUACAAUCAGUUACAUCCACUUCCACUGAAUCCUCAAGUGAAUUACCAAUCAUACCAACAAGAACUGUUCUCCAAUCAGAAACAUCAAAGCCCUCUGAAAAAAUAAACACAUCACCGACUUCUGAUAGGAACCCAGUGCUAGUACCUGCCAAGAGGUCUUUAGAUAGCAGAGAGCAAGGAAUGCUGUCUGAUUCCUUCUCCAAAAGUUGCAUUACUAAAACCACAGGAAUUAGGAAGAAUAAGAAAGCCAAACUCUUCCAGAUCACAACUGGAAAAACAGAAAACCCUCCUGUUGAACAUGUUGAACAUAGACAACUCCAGAUGCAUCUUCAGAUGAACAAGACUUUACCAGGCAAUCUGUUUAAAAUCAUCAGCAAAGAACCAGACUGCAAAGAUUCCAGAUGUCAAAAAGGCACUGAAGAUAGAUCAAAUCAGACAUCCGGUGAUCGUGUAAAGAGAGAUUUGGGGGGAAAAGAGGACCAACUUAUACACACCUCUUUGUACACGCCAUUCCUGAUUACAUCUGCAUGCUUAUUACUACUGUUCAUCAGUGUCCUCUUCUACUGCAAGCAUCAACGGAUCAAGGAUCUACAAAAAGAAGACAGGAUUGUAUAUUUCUGAAAGAAACAAUUG